AUGGCUAUUAUGGAAACUGCUCAAAAAUCUCAAAAGUCCAAAACUAAUAACUUUACAUCGAUUUUGGAUCAGGUCCUAAAAAAAUACAACUUGACUAUCGAAUCCAAUCCAUCUCAAUUAUGCGACUAUGCUAGCGAACUUAAUCAGAUCAAGGCUCUUGUGCCGGAUAAAAGGAAUGAAAAACUUACCAUCAAGGAAAGAGCUGAGUAUUGCACUAAAAGUGGUGAUCCAUUUGAUAUAUUCGCUAAUACUUUAGAUUUAAUGAAGACAAAAAACAAUAGCGAUAAGGAAAAAGUUGCUUCCAGUUCACGACUUACAUUAUUCCGUAAGGAAUUGGCAGAAGCUGGAGCUGAUCCCAAAAAUAUUCUAUUAGCUAAGAACCCAACUACUACUGAAGAAUCUAACGAAAUUCAGAAAAGACAACUCGUACAGAGAUUAGCUAAUCCGCCUAAAACUCCUAAGCACUUCUCCUUAGAUGAGGGACUUAGAAGAAUUCAAAAUAUCGACACUACUAAAAUUCCCACUAUGCAAGAUCUUGCGGAUGAAAAUAAUACUAAGGUACCAUGGGGAUUUUUGUGUCCAGCUGAAAAUAGUAUCUGA